UGAUCACAGCGCUUACGAUGACAAGCUACUCAUCCAGGCACACAGACUAGACUAGCUGCAACUUCUUGACCUCCUUUCUCCUCCUCUUUUAGGAACAAACCAAGAAGAACCACCACACCUCUCUCUCUCAGCUGGGGCAUCCACAGCAAGAUCUAUCCCAAGAUAUAUCAUCACCGAUCAACACCAUGACCAAUAAUACCAUACCACACGAUCAUCGUCAUCAUCACCAUCGGCUGCGGCCGCUUCAUCAGGAGAUGGAUCAGCUGCAAGCACUGGCUGUGAAGCCGCAGGCGAAGAGGCAGGCGAGGAGGAGGACGCACACGAGCAGGCCCUACCAGGAGAGGCUGCUCAACAUGGCGGAGGCGCGGCGGGAGAUCGUCACCGCCCUCAAGAUCCACCGGGCCAGCAGCACGAGGCAUCAGCAGCAGCAGCAAUCCACCUACUACCAGCAGCAUCGUCAGGAGGAGCCACCGAUUGCGCAGCAGCUCCAGCAACAGCAAGAAGACGAGCAGCAGCAGGCGCAGCAAGUGGCGUUUCAGGAUCGUCGAAGCCAAGCGGCGAUUGACGAAGAAGCAUCAUCUCUGGCGCAUACGCCGUCGACGACGAUGAGCUACGCCGCCGCCUCCUUCGCCAAUCCGUUGCGCAACCCUCCACCUGCGCACUGGAUUGCUGCCGGUAGUAGCUAUAGCUACUGCUCACCGCCACCCAUCCUUCGUCUUCCUUGUGAUGAUCUCACGCCACCUGAACUGCCACUACCCGUACCCGCUGCCGCCAUGGGGGGAUUAUUGGUGGAGCUGGAGCACUACCAAGCCGGCUUGGAGCACUUGGUUCGCAGCCUGCCUGCACAGCCGCUAGGACUGAACCUUAGCUUCCAAGGUUUUGGUGUCUCUGUAGACGACGGUGCCAAAGACGACUGUGAAGAUCUCUUUGGCAGCCUUCCAUUGACCCAACCAUCACCGGCUGCCUCGUACUCGUACUCACCUCCGGCAGUGGAGACGACGGCGACCGCCCAAGCCUAUGGUCAUGGAUCACCAGUAGCAGCGGCGUUGGUCCCGGUGCUUCUGGACGGCGGGGAGAUGAUGGCGCAGCCAUCGACCGGCGGCGGCGAGAUGCAGGGCGCGGAGUGGAGCGAGGCGGCGGCCGCGGACGUGGCCGAAUGGUGGAGCAAGAUCCUCGAGAGCGGGCAACGCGCGCCCCCAAACGCGGAGGACGUGGCGGCGACGGCGGCCGGUUUGCCGGCAGAGUGGCGGUGGUUUUGUUGUGAAGACGGUGUUGGUGUCGCUGCCGCCGAGCAAGGAGCGGUCACGGGGGGAGUCCUGGCGACGAGGAUGCACGUCGAAGACGGCGACUACACCUGCUGCUACGAGGGGGGUCGCUGCGACGACGGCGAACACGUUACCUUGCCGUGCAUGGAUGAUGGCAUCGGCGACGACGUUCAAGGGUGGGAUGGGGAAUGGUUCUCAACUUCUCAUGCUCUUGAUUAACUGCACGAUCGCCAUGUCUACGUCGACCGUGCAUUUCUGUACACCUGACCCAACUCGAGGUGUUCAUGUAUGUGAUUUGAUUUCGAUAUAAAAACGUGAUGCUCAAAUGAAUUAGAUUGCUUGUACGUACGAGUAAUUAUAUAUUGGCAUGAA